GGGUCCGGCUGCCGCCGCAUCAUGCCCGAGCCCACCUCCUGGCAGCCGCGGCGCGCCACCGGGGCCCCGGCCGGGGAGAAUGCCAGACGCCCGGGAGCGGCUAGGGCAGCGGCGGUGGCGGCGGCACGAUGGUGGUGACAGGCUCUGCCCGAGGCGGCGGCGGCAGCGGGGACCGCGCGCCCUCCCGGCGGCGGGGCUGCGGACUCGGGCCGGCCGGGGCCGCGGCGCUGCUGGCCGGGGCGAGCUGCCUAUGCUACGGCCGCUCCCUGCAGGGCGAGUUCGUGCACGACGACGUGUGGGCGAUCGUGAACAACCCCGACGUACGGCCGGGCGCCCCGCUUCGCUGGGGCAUUUUCACCAACGACUUCUGGGGCAAGGGCAUGGCCGAGAACACCAGCCACAAGUCCUACCGGCCGCUCUGCGUCCUCACCUUCAAGCUGAACAUAUUUUUGACUGGCAUGAACCCAUUCUACUUUCAUGCAGUGAAUGUGGUUUUACACUGUCUCGUGACUCUCGUCCUGAUGUACACCUGUGACAAAGCUGUCUUCAGGAACCAGGGACUGGCUUUUGCUACAGCGUUGCUUUUUGCUGUGCACCCUGUCCACACAGAGGCGGUGGCUGGAAUUGUUGGCAGAGCUGAUGUGUUAGCAUGCCUGCUGUUUCUGUUGGCCUUUCUCUCCUACAAUAGGAGUGUGGACCAGCAUCAUGUUGGGGAAUGUUUCCCUCCCACCACUUCUCCAUUCUUCUUGCUGCUCAGUUUGUUUCUGGGGACCUGCGCGAUGCUGGUCAAAGAGACAGGCAUCACGGUGUUUGGAGUGUGCUUGGUUUACGAUCUCUUUUCCCUGUCUCACAAGCAAGAGAAAUCAAGCAAUGGGGUCAUCCAUCAACGCAGCCCACAGCAGCCUGCGAGCCCUCAGCCCUCCUCUCUGCCUGUGCACCCUCACCGGGAGAAUGGGAAGCAACAGCGAUUUCCUCACCGAGGAGCUUGGGGUGGUUGCCACUCCCCAUCGCCGCCAGAACCCAAGAGCAGUGGAUUCCCAGUGUCUCCUCGAGCCAUGUGGUCCGUGAUGAGGUAUCUGACAGCAAGGAGCAAUAGGCAUUUCCUGCUUGCCAUGAGGCCAUUCUUAAAAAGGGCCACUUUGGUCAUAAGUUACGUGAUUGUCGUUUUGUACUUCCGUCUGUGGAUCAUGGGAGGAUCUAUGCCCCUCUUUUCAGAGCAGGAUAAUCCAGCUUCAUUUUCGCCUUACAUUCUUACGAGGUUCCUUACCUAUUCCUACCUCUUGGCCUUCAACGUGUGGCUUCUGCUUGCACCCGUUACCCUGUGUUAUGACUGGCAAGUCGGCAGUAUUCCUCUGGUAGAGACCAUAUGGGAUGUGCGGAACUUAGCCACCAUCCUUCUGGCAGUUUUCAUGACCUUACUGAGCCUUCAUUGUUUAGCAGCCUUCAAGAGACUGGAGCACAAGGAAGUUUUAGUGGGCUUGUUGUUCCUGGUUUUCCCGUUCAUUCCAGCCAGCAAUCUCUUCUUCAGGGUGGGUUUUGUGGUGGCCGAGAGAGUCCUUUACAUGCCUAGCAUGGGCUACUGCAUCCUUUUUGUGCACGGAUUGAGGAAGCUCUACACAGGGCUGAAUCGUUGGGGGGCUACCACCCUGACCGUGUGCACUGCGCUGCUGCUGCUUCUUUUCUCCUGGAAAACUGUGAAGCAGAAUGAAAUUUGGCUGUCAAGAGAGUCCCUGUUCAGGUCUGGAGUUCAGACUCUGCCUCACAAUGCCAAGGUUCACUAUAACUAUGCCAAUUUCCUGAAGGACCAGGGUCGUAACCGGGAAGCCAUCUACCACUACAGAACAGCCCUCAGGUUGUAUCCUCGCCACGCAAGUGCCCUGAACAACCUUGGAACACUGACGAGAGACACAGCAGAGGCAAAGAUGUACUAUCAGAGGGCUCUCCAGCUAAAUCCGCAGCACAACCGGGCUCUUUUCAAUCUCGGGAAUCUCCUUAAGUCCCAGGAGAAAAAAGAAGAGGCUAUCACCUUGCUGAAGGACUCCAUUAAAUACGGUCCCGAGUUUGCAGAUGCGUAUUCUAGCUUAGCUUCAUUGUUGGCCGAGCAGGAGAGAUUUAAGGAGGCUGAGGAGAUAUACCUGGCUGGAAUAAAGAACUGUCCAGACAGCUCAGACUUACACAACAACUAUGGGGUUUUCUUAGUUGAUACUGGCUCUCCAGAGAAGGCAGUGGCCCAUUACCAACAGGCCAUUACACUAAGCCCAAGUCAUCACGUGGCCAUGGUGAAUCUGGGGAGGCUCUACAGGUCCUUGGGAGACAACAGUGCCGCUGAAGAAUGGUACAAACGGGCCCUGCAGGUGGCACGCAAAGCAGAGCUAUUAUCACCUUUGGGAGCACUGUAUUAUAACACAGGCCGGUAUGAUGAAGCUCUGCAGAUUUACCAGGAAGCCGCAGCACUAGAACCUUCUCAAAGGGAGCUCCGCCUGGCCCUGGCUCAGGUUUUGGCUGUGAUGGGUCAGACAAAAGAAGCUGAGAAGAUGACCAACCACAUUGUGUCAGAAGAGACCGGAUGCCUUGAGUGCUACCGCCUGUUGUCAGCAAUCUACAGCAAGCAGGAGCUCCACAACAAGGCACUUGAUGCUAUCGACAAGGCUCUCCAGCUGAAACCAAAGGACCCAAAAGUUGUAUCUGAACUUUUUUUCACAAAAGGAAACCAACUAAGAGAGCAGAAUCUUCUGGAUAAAGCUUUUGAGAGCUAUAAAGCUGCCGUGGAGCUAAAUCCAGAUCAAGCACAGGCCUGGAUGAACAUGGGUGGAAUCGAACACAUCAAGGGAAACUAUGUGUCUGCAAGAGCUUAUUACAAGAGAGCCUUACAGCUGGUUCCAGACAGCAAACUGCUGCAGGAAAAUCUUGCCAAGUUGGAUCGCCUAGAGAAACGAUUACAAGAAGUUCGAGAAAAGGAUCAGACGUAGCCAUGUUUGGCCCAGUCUUGAGGGACAGUGCUGGUGCUUCUGGAAGAGGAAGAAGUGUUGGAGGCCUUCACCUCAGCAGGGGCACAACAGAGAAGUUUUCCGCUCGCUCUGAGUUUGGGGAGGCACGUUUUUGGAUGCCCGCUGGUAACCCUGUGCUGAGGGACUUGCAUUUCCACGGAAGAAGACAGCAAGCAAGGGUUCCAUCUGAGAGGAAGUAAAACAACUACUACACGUUUUGCAGAUUUUUGUUGGCUUUCAUUCCAGAUUUCCCUUCAUCUGUUUCUCUGCUUUUCCAACCUAAGAAUCUAAUUCCAUCUCAGUGUCGACUUUUAUGUCCUAGAAAUAGAGAGGCUUAAAUGCUCUGACAGCAGAGCAGCUCUUCCUUGUGAGAUGAGAUAUGUCCUAGAGGGAAAAAAAUCUCUGGGAUAAACCAUCUGGGUAAUUCCACCAAGAGGUAACUCAUUUAGUUCUCCAGAACUAGAAAUGAGUAUCUAAUAGUUUUUGUAGAAUCUUCUGGACUAUUUGGGGGAAACGGUGUUGUUAAGUGAGCUUUAUCUAAUACCCCCCGAGGAUAUUGCUAGAGCCCAAAAGAGUGAAUUAAAUUCCACUCUGAUGCAAGCUUUUCCCAUUGCCCGAUAAAACAAAAAGGAAGCCUCUGGGAUUGUGUAUGGGUAUUCUCAUCCCUGGGGGAAAAUCAAGGAUCUUGGUUCCUCUAAUUUCUUUAUGGAAAUGUUUAAGAUUAUUUUAAUUUUAUUACAAGUAUUACUAGAGUAGUGAUACUGCUCUAAGAUUUCAGAAGUGCUUUUAGAAUCAUUAAUGUUUCUGACUCCACAUACAUUGUUAUUUUGGUGGAGAAAAAAUAGUAUAUUCUACAUGAGAAAUAUUAAAGAUAUUAACUAAGAGAAAUGCUCUACUUUAUUAUCUUAACAUUCAGUCAUCCAGAGAUUUAUUAUUUUUUUGAAAACUAUAUUUAAUCACUGAAAAUGCUAUACAAUAUAUCACAAAAAUCUUCAUAGACUAUGAAGAGGUUUGAAGAGAAGCUCUAUUGAUUUGUCUACUGAAAUUUAAUGAGAAUUCUGUGCUGUAGAACAUGAGUGAUGGAAAUCCAGAGUUCUUGGUUCUGUAUUUAUAAUAUUGGAGAGUUCUUGGCAAAUGCUCAAAAAAUCUAGGGGAGAAAAAAGUCUAAAUUCAUAAUUAUAAAAAUACAUAUUUAUAUUUAAAAGACAGAGGCCAGCAAAGUGGAACUUAACAAUUUGACAUUUGUUUUUAGUGUUAUUUAUUUUGUAACUUAUAAAAUAUAUUUAAUAUAUAUAUAUAUAUAUAUACACACGCAAAUUUUUUUCUCUGUACAUAGUGGUUUUAAUAGCAGCUUUCAGAACUGAUCAUACAGAAAUCACAAAUCUGAAUUACAAUGUAAAGUUUUAACAGCCCCUCAAAAAACUUGUAUUGAUGAUUCACUUGGCAAAGCUAAAGAAAUUAGGAAGUGGAGUGCAGUGUUUGGGUGGUAAUAUAUUUUGAAAGUGAAGAAGUUGGAACACCUGAUUCUAAUUUGGUCAUCUUCAUAAAUUAAAAAAAGAAGAAGAGAAGAGAAGGAACCACUCUGGGGAGUGCUGUUUGCAGGCUAAGCCAGGUGGCCUGCAGAUGUCAUAGCCCAAAGGUGUGCGGAUUUCACUUGCUCAGGCCAGGAUAGGGUAAAAAGCCUUCUUCUUUUCAACACUGCCCCUGUGUGUUAUUUUUUGUCAAGGUAAGUCUAGUUAAAAGAACUUCGCUGUAAAGGGAUGAUGCAAGGCAUAUUUUAAAUGCAAAGGAUUCCAGAAUUUGAAUUAACAUACAUGUGUUUGUACGUAUCAGUAAUCCAACAAUCUCUAUAUAUUGCCACUGUGAUCUUCUGUUUCUAGUAGUCUUUCAACCUUAUAUGUCAUAAAUUUGUCCAAGAUUUUACUUAAAAUAUUUUCAUUCUCCUCAAAAUUAUACUUUUAUGUCCUAAGGCCAGGAAAUGUAUCACAGUGUUCAUUAAAUUAUCAAUCCACCCCCAAAUUGGGGGUGGGGGGAAUGAAGCCCUAGCUAAAAAACAGUAUCUGAGACUUAAAUCACAACUUUUUAGAAUAAUCUGUAACCAAGACUCACACCCAGGAAGUUAACA